AUGGCAGAGGCGCAGAGCGUUCAUAUUCCUAGGGUCAAGCUUGGAACUCAAGGACUUGAGGUCUCAAAGUUGGGUUUUGGAUGUAUGGGGCUUAGUGGAACUUACAAUACUCCAGUCCCUGAAGAUGCUGGCAUUUCAAUCAUCAAGGAAGCUUUCAAUCAAGGAAUUACAUUCUUUGACACUGCAGAUGUUUAUGGACCUCACACUAACGAAGUUCUGCUUGGCAAGGCAUUGAAACAGUUGCCUAGAGAAAAGAUCCAGUUGGCAACAAAAUUUGGCGUUGUUACAAGGAAUUUUGAUCUAAAAGAUCUUACAAAAGUUCCAGUCUGUGGAAAGCCUGAAUACGUCCGUGCAUGUUGUGAGGCUAGCCUUAAGCGUCUCAAUGUGGGAGAGCUCAAGAGGUUAGUGGAAGAGGGGAAAAUCAAGUAUAUCGGAUUGUCUGAAGCUAGCGCAGACACAAUAAGGAGGGCACAUGCAGUUCAUCCUAUCACCGCAGUUCAAAUGGAAUGGUCCCUGUGGUCUCGUGACAUUGAGGAAGAAAUAGUCCCACUUUGUAGAGAACUUGGAAUUGCAGUAGUUGCAUAUGGUCCACUUGCUUUUGGACUUUUUGCUGGCAAGGCAGUUUUGGAAAGUUUACCUUCAGAUACUUUACUUACACUGCAUCCUAGAUUCAGUGGCGAAAAUCUUGACAAGAACAAGAUCUUUUACAGUAGAAUUGAAAAGUUGGCUAGUAAAUAUGGAUGCACUCCUGCUCAGCUUGCUCUUGCCUGGGGUCUGAAUCAAGGGGAUGAUGUGGUUCCCAUCCUGGGGACUACCAAGAUUAAAAAUUUGAAUAGCAAUAUUGGGGCAUUGCGAGUUAAGCUCACAAAAGAGGAAAUUAAGGAGAUUUCUGAUGCUGUGCCUGUCAAUGAAGUGGCUGGAAAUAGAUCCAUUAAACCUGAGUUGUCAUGGAAGUUCGCUGAUACACCAGUUAAAGAUCACAAGAUCUCAACCUAA